AUGACAACUCCCACCAAACUUGUUGGGGAGGCUGUACACAUUACAGCCAGGCGUACCGAAUCUCUCGAUGCUCCACAGAUAUUAAGCUUGGAGCAACCAUGGACUGAGAAGUUGUUUGGUAGAACCAAUAUUGUCAAUAUUAUUGAACAAGCAGUCCUGGCAAUAACACUGUGUGACAAAUUUGAGGACAUUUUGGGCAAUGCUGCUUUUGUGGACUUCCCUAACAUUCCUGACGUUGAUCAGGCAGCCUGGGAGAGCUGGUACAAUUCACGUUAUGUUUCAGGGCAGGUGAACUCCCUAAACAGCCUGUUCCUGCACUACUUUGUGGCCAAGAAGGUGUACGCUUUGGGCUGUGGCGUGGAAAUUGUGAGAACUGCUUUCAAUGCUGUUGCUGACCUACACUUUUUAUUUCUUGUUGUCCCAAGUGGACAUGAACUUGAUCCAUCACUUGCCCAGGCUUUCAAGCCGAUGGAGAUGAAUGAGGAGAAGUUCAGUGACAUACAUAUCCUGUAUGUGUGCAGGCGCCAUGAACAUGUGCCAGUACUUCACAUCAGACAAGCUUUCGUGGAGGAUCAUGAUGAUCUGACCCCUAUUUUCAACAGACAGAGCACUAUGCUACAGGACACCUAUGGAGAUUACUUUCUUGCAGAGUUGAUUGAGGCUCAGGAUGCAGAUAUGCAGUGUCUUGUUGCUGAGGUGGAAAAAACAUCAUACGGUUUUAUGAGUAUCAGCACAGAUGUCAACCUGAAUCUUUUGAAUGAAUGCUUUGAGUUGAUCCCCUUUCAUGGUUUACGCAAACCCCACCCAGAUGAUGAUUUUAUUCCACCUCCAACACCUCCACCUUCAAGUUCUGCCUCAGAUGCAGGUAG